CAAUAAUAACAGUAGAGUAACAAAAUAGUGAUUUUGACCUGUGACAAGCAGAUGAAUAUGGGUAUUAAAUAAAUCGUCGCCGGAUUCACAAUGGUUGUGGCUGAUCAACGGAAGGGGAAGUUGACUAGCGAUCGAAUGCAUGGACAUAUUAACAGCUUUGUGACGUUUGAUUCUUAUGGUCGUAUCCAGAUAGUGGGCUCCACAAUGAGUGAUGAUAAACCAUUUGCUUGUAGAGUGCCUGGAUGUAAUCAGAAAUUUGUAAAUGAAGAUCACUUAGCAGUACAUCGCAAGAAACAUGAUGCUAACCUAUGCUUUUCAGACUUCAAGUCACUGGAUACCCCUGUUAUUGCUGAUCAAACCCCAACUCCUACAAGAUUCUUGAAGAAUCUAGCGGGUGAAGAAGGUCUGUUUAGUGAUCUCCAUCCGAACCCUUUUGAUGCAGAGUUUAGGAAAGCCAGCUCAAAGCUAGUAUCAAAUGACACUGAAGGCGGCGCAGAAACUCCGAGUGAUGUGUCAAAACCCCUCAUUACCCUUGAUGAUGCGGAUUCUCAGGAAGUCUCGGGGAUCACAGAGGAUAUUCUACUCAAUUCAGAAAUCAAAUCAGAAGAGGAUGUACCCAAAACUGUAGGUGAUAUCAGAGAUAGUCCUGAGUUGAAGGUAGAACCUCAACCCCAGGGACCUACUACAGUGGUGGUUGUCUCCCAGCCAGCUCAGCCCCAGACUAUUCAGCUUCAAGGUGUCAGUGACCAACUAUCCCUGAAUGGAAUCCCUAUCAAUGGACCCAUCAUGAUCAAGCUACCCACUGGCCAAACCAUUCCUGUCUUGCCUCCAUCAGUCACCAACCCUCAAGUGCCUAUACCUACAGCGGUGUCUGCCAACCCUAACAAAGAGCAGGAUUCUCUUGGAAACAACAUUGACAUCAAGCCCGCACCAAACAACUCAGUUAAAAUGAAAUUGAAGAGCACAUUACUCUCUAACCAAUCCCAAGGUAAUAUGAAUGUGAUGGCGCAGGCUGUUGAUGUGGUUACCAAGCAACAAGAGGUCAAGUUACUUAAUACUGCAUCAGCAAGUCACCAAGAGUCUUUUUCAUUAAAAAGACAGCGUCCCAAUGAGGAGGAUGAUAGUGAGAUAAAACGACAGAGGUUUCUUGAGAGGAAUCGAGCUGCAGCUAGUCGGUGUCGAAAUAAACGGAAACAGUGGAUAAAUGAUCUAGAAAACAGAGCAGAGGAACUCACACAAACAAAUUCUGUUCUCAAUAAUGAAGUUGGCAAGUUGAGGAACGAGGUCGCACACUUGAAGGAACUCUUGUUAGCACACAAGGAUUGUCCUGUUACAUUGCAGCAGAGGGCAGCAGGGUUAUUUAUGAGAGUUGGUGACGUAUCGGUGCAAGAACAAGAUUCAUCAGGGACCAUCACCAUAACAACCACUACCCUUUCAUGAGAUUGAGUUUGACCUCUCUUCAUUCAUCAAUACGGAGGUCAAAGGUCAUUUGAUGGCUGUCAAUCCCAUUUUAGAAAAUUCUCAAUGGAACCAUCGGGCAGCAUUGGCAGUAGAUCAUCAAACGUAAUUUCCAAUCAACUCUUUCAGCAAGCAAUCAAACUCCUGAAUGUCAUAAUGAUAUAGGUAUGCAGAUUGUUGGGCAUAUCAAUGUGUGUGUGAGAGAUGUUAUCUGUGGCAGCCCAAAUUGUUUUGUCUCCAGUUGCCAUAAGGGUGCCGGACGCUUGUUUCUCUGCAAAUUGAUCCAUUCUUAUGAACAUAGAGAAGAGAUAUCUCAAGAACAAAUAAACUGAUUGUCAGGAAACUUUAAAGAGUCAGAUGCAAUGUGGAUGUCCCAUAGGCUAAUUAAUAUUUUGCUGCCAUGAGGCGAAUGUUGUGAACAGAGAUUGUCAAUACAAUAUCCUACACCCAAAGCUCUGAUUUUGAUGAACAUCAUAGCGCAAUCCAGUAAUGGUUUCUUACAAAAGUAGAAGAUUUUAAGGUAAUGAGGUUAAAGAUUUAAGGCUCACUGGUUACCUGUUCAAAUGGUCUGUAAACAAGAUAGCAAUAGAAUCAGUGGAACAAUAGAUACUUUAGGAAGGUCUAAUCUACAUUGGCUACUUCAUGAGAUAGAGGAUCAAUGGUCAGUUUUAAAGACUGCAAUGAAUCUAAUAUCUUUUUUUCUUCUGUAAACUAUGGAUUGUUUAUAGAUAUAUCAACUUCGAAUUUGGACCCAUGUAAAUGUAUGUUUAGGGUAGUUAAUAUGAAGAAA